CGAAAGUAUUAAAGGGGCCUCCUCUUGCUUCACCGUCCGUGAACAGGCGGAAGGGGUCAUCGAUUUUCAAAAUUAACCCCUCUCUCAUAAAUCGCCCGCCAUGGGAACAUCAUCUUCCCCGCCAGAUCCUCAACCCCUUGCCGCUGCCGCCUCCACCGCGGCUGCCACCACGAACCGUCAGUCAAGAGACCCAAGACCCCUAAUUCCGUACUACACUGCACAAGCACAACCCAUCAGGGUUCCUAACCCAUCUCCUAACUCACCACAGAUACCGAAGACCCACGAUCCUCCCCAGGGUGUUCUCUACCCGGUCGCCUCCUCGGGCCGCGGCUUCAUCCCCAAAGUCAUCCUCCCCAAGUUACCGGACCAGACUGUCACCGUCGCCAACCCAGCCGGCGGCAGCAGCGGCUUUCCCAGCCGACCCUUCCUCCCUUUUGCGCACCCGUUCCGGCCUUUUGGGUUCCCUCCCUCGGACCCUACUCAGUUUCAGCCCCUUCAGCUGAUGCGGCCUCCUCAGCUUCACCACUCUCAUCUUGCUUCCGCUGGCGCCGCAGUCAAGGGCGUUCCAGUUUCCGCGCACAAGGUUGUAUCAACUCCAUCUUCAGUUUCUGAUUGUAAUGGCUAUAAAGACUUGAGGGAUCAACAUAGAGAUGAUACUAUUGCAAUUGUCAAAGAUCGAAAAGUCAGAAUAUCAGAUGGGGCUUCUCUUUAUGCUCUUUGUCGAUCAUGGUUGAGGAAUGGCCAUCUGGAAGAAAUUCAGCCCCAAUGUGGGGAUAGUGGGAAGUCUCUUCCAAGACCAUUAUCUCUAUCUGCGGCAGAUGCCCAGUUGCCAAAGAAAAUGGAUUUUGAUGAAGAGGAGGGGGAGGAUGAGGAGGAAGAGGAGGAUGACGAUUCUGUUAAGAAUUUAUCUAUGCAAGAUCUGUUGCAAAGACACGUCAAACGUGCUAAAAUGAUUCGGGCACGAUUAAGGGGAGAGCGUUUACGACGUAUUGCGAGGUACAAAAAUAGGCUUGCCGCUCUCCUUCCCCCUCAGUUGGAACAGAAAUGAGUUGCUGAAACCGACCAUCAGUCAGCAUCCAUGAGAGUAGAUAUUCGGGCUCAAUAUUGUUCUCAGUGAUGAAUAUGCUGCCAAAGCAGCAAACUCAGUGGCAACUGGGAUACAUAUUUAAGAUGAGGGGAAAACUAAAGUGACACUCUGAUUUGGCUGCAGGAAGCUACCCUGAUGUGUUGGGUUGGAAUAAAUGUAAGAUAUGAUGGUUAAUGGUUUAUUUUCAUGUGCAGAUUUGGUUCUGCUUGCUUGCUUUGAUUCUAUCUGCUUGAAGCUGUAUGCCUUUGUAUGUUUUGUAUUACUGUAAAGGCUUUGAAAAAUAAGGAUAUUUUGUCCAUUACCAUUUGGAGGAGUUCUUUGCUAGUAAAACAAGGUUUGCCCUUUGGUCUCUC